UCACACAUACAUAUAAUUUGCGGAGAAGAACCUCCACAACCCAAUCCGAGAGAGAGAGAGAGAGAGAGAGAGAGAGAGAGAGAGAGAGAGAGAGAGAGAGAAGAAAAGAAGAAACAAAAAGGCAUGACAGUUGAAGAAGUGGACGAUUACACAAGAGAUGGAACGGUGGAUCUUAAAGGAAAUCGUGUCCGAAGAUCCCGAAGAGGCCGUUGGAAAGCUUGCUCCUUUAUUGUCGUGUACGAGGUAUUUGAGAGGAUGGCAUAUUAUGGGAUAUCGAGCAAUCUGGUGAUAUUCAUGACGAGCAAGUUGCACCAAGGCACCGUCGAGUCGGCGAACAACGUGACCAACUGGGUCGGCACGAGUUGGCUCACUCCUAUCCUCGGCGCCUACGUGGCCGACGCCCACCUCGGCCGCUACCUCACCUUCCUCAUCUCUUCCGCUAUCUAUUUCUCGGGGAUGGUGGCACUGACAUUCGUGUCACUUCCGAGCCUGAAACCACCGGCAUGCACGGCCGCCAACGUUCAAGAAUGCGAGAAGGCAUCCACGUUGCAAACGGCAGUGUUCUUCGGAGCACUGUACACGUUGGCCGUCGGGACAGGCGGCACCAAACCGAACAUAUCGACGAUAGGAGCCGACCAGUUCGACGACUUCGAUCCCAUGGAGAAGACAAUGAAAUCUUCCUUCUUCAAUUGGUGGAUGUUCAGCAUCUUCUUCGGCACUCUCUUUGCCAACACAAUUCUCGUCUACGUCCAGGACAACGUGGGAUGGGCAUUGGGAUACGGGCUUCCGACAAUGGGACUGGGGAUAUCAAUCACGAUAUUCGUGAUGGGUACUCCUUUUUACCGGCACAAGGUACCGACAGGAAGCAGCCCCUUCGCCACCAUGGCUCGAGUCAUCGUCUCCGCCAUUCGAAACGCCCAUCUUCCCUUACCCUCCGACUCCAACCACUAUCUUUCUACUCCCACUCUCAGAUUCUUGGACAAAGCUUCGGUGAAAACAGAAAAAACGCAUCAAUGGAGUCUCUGCACAGUGACAGAAGUGGAAGAGACCAAACAGAUGCUGAGGAUGUUACCCGUUCUGUUCGUGACUUUUGUCCCGAGCACAAUGCUCGCCCAAGUCAACACCCUGUUCGUGAAACAGGGCCCCACCCUCGACCGAAGUCUCACCCGCAGCUUCAGCGUCCCUCCCGCCAGCCUCUCGGCCUUCGUCACCUUCUCCAUGCUCCUUUUCAUCGUUCUAUACGACCGUUUCUUCGUCAAGCUCAUGCGAAAACUCACCAGAAACCCCCGUGGCAUCACUCUCCUCCAACGCAUGGCCAUCGGCUUGAUCCUUCACAUCAUCAUCAUGAUCGUUGCCUCUGUGACCGAGAGGUACAGGCUCAAGGUCGCUGCGGAAAACGGGUUCGUUGAUCAGGCCAAGGCCAAGCUGCCAUUGACGAUCUUCGUGUUGCUCCCUCAGUUCGUAUUGAUGGGUAUUGCCGACGCCUUUCUCGAGGUCGCGAAGCUCGAGUUCUUCUACGACCAAGCCCCCGAGAGCAUGAAGAGUCUCGGGACUUCGUACUCGACCACUACUUUGGCCGUCGGCAACUUCCUCAGCAGUUUCUUGCUCUCCACUGUCUCCAAGAUUACAAAGAAACGUGGACGUGACUGGAUUCUGAACAAUCUGAACGCGUCUCGGCUCGAUUAUUACUACACGUUCUUCGUGGUCCUGAAUCUGGCGAACUUCAUCCUGUUCUUGGUCGUGGUUCGGUUUUAUAGAUACAGAGCCGAGGUUUCGGAUUCCAUUGAUGCCAAACAGGAAGAGCCUAUGAUGAUGAGUGUCGGAGGAAAUGAUCAGGAACCUGGAAACAAGGCAUAGUAAUACUGUGACUUGGAUCAUUAUAAAUAUAAAUGUCUUUUUUACGUAUUUUGAGUAUUUUGGACAGAAACAUAAGUUAAAAGGAAAGGAUUAGAGCCGAAACAUGAUUUAAGAUUAAAACACAGAUUCUACUAAUCAGCUAAAAUCAAAAUUUCAAUAGCUGUACUUCCUCUUCCUCUGCAUCUUCUUCUUCUUCUUCUUGCUCGGCUUCGUCUUCGAUGGCGUUGUACUAACCAGCUGAAAUACUAAUAUCAAUACUUCUACAAUUCCGAUCAUGCCAAUCUCCGAGAAAUUUGGAGAGACGAGUCCAUAAUCCAAUGGACUUACAUCCGACAUUCUACACUGGUUCCAUGGUUGCAGAAGGGACAGCUGAAUACUGUUUCAAGCUUGACCAUCCGUUUCUUAGGAGCAGGCUUUGCCCUCGAUUUCCCCUCUCCCAUGGUUUCAGCUCUUUUUCGCUUAUCAAUCGGAAAAAAGAAACAUCCAAUGAUCCACAAAUCAACAUCAUUGGUGCUUCGUAUGGAACAAGUACCAGAUCAUUCAACGCCCAAUUGAGAAAUUCAGAAGGCGAUAUUCGAUAAGACACCGCAGGCCGUCAUACUACAGAGCAAAGUAC